AUGGCUUUUGCAGCCAUCACUAUCACAUACGUACCAUACAUUCUUGCUGGACUUCCAUCGAAUCUCACACUACGCAAGAUCGGGCCACGAAUUCUUUUACCGUCUCUUUGUGUGGUGUGGGGAAUUGUCACCACCCUUCAAUGCCUGGUCAAUGGUUACGGAGGCCUACUCGCUUGUCGAUUUUUCCUGGGGCUAGCAGAAGGAGGCGUAGUUCCAGGCAUAGUCCUCUAUCUCUCCUUUUUCUACCGGCGUCAUGAACUACAGCUUCGUAUUGCCGUCUUUUAUGCAUCCGCCGCAUUAAGCGGAGCCUUUUCUGGGCUUCUAGCCGCCGCGAUAGUUCAAAUGGAUGGUAUAGGGGGCUUGAGUGGAUGGCGUUGGAUCUUUUGCCUUGAAGGCAUUCUUAGCGUCAUCGUCGGCAUGGUUGCGUUUUUCGUUCUUCCCAACAACCCAAGCGAAGUUGCCGGCUUUACACCAGAACAGAUUCGUCGAUGGGAAGAGCGACUUAGACUGGACAUUCACCUGCAGAGCAACGAACAAUUUAGCUCGAAGGCGGUCUUAUCAACACUAGUCUCCCUGCAUGUUUGGCUUCGAGUGUUGAUGCUCUUCUGCUCCGGGGUCUGUCUCUUCGGCCUGGCAUACUUCACUCCAUCGAUCGUCAAUGGGUUUGGAUACAGCACAACGAAAACACAACUGCUCACGGUGCCACCGUUUGUUUCUGAUUUCAUUGUUACCUUGGUAAUGGCGUAUGUGUCCGAUCGAUAUCGCCAACGAGGAAUUGCCGCGAUGGUCACAUGGGCUAUUGCCAUUAUCGGUGUUUGCAUCUUCUAUAAGGGUCGGAGCAUAGCUGUGCGCUACGCCUCGCUGUUCUUGAUGAUCACUGGGGUUUACGCUACUGCCACCAGCCUCAUCAGCUGGGUUCCAAAUAACACUGCCGCGCAUACUAGGCGUGCCACAGCCGUCACCAUGGCUUUCAUCAGCACUAAUAUUGGGGGAAUCAUCAGUACCUGGAUAUUCCCUACGACCCAAGCACCGUACUAUCCAUUUGCUUCGCAGUUUAUUCUUUCGUUGGCCGUGAUUGCCUUUGUCUUGUCUAGUUUGACGAUUCUUCUGUAUAGGCAUCUGAAUGCCCACAAGGAUGACCCAGAAUAUAGGCGGAAAGUCCCUGAGCCACUUGAUGAUCUGGAACUGCCUCAGCAGCUUGAGACACUGGGAGAUUUGCAUCCGGAUUUCCGUUAUACCUGUUAG